AUGCCCCAAUUUCUAAACAUGUUGUCGUCUCUAUCUCGGGGUUCAUUACUGGAGAAGUUGCGGUGGAUUUUUGGCUUAUACGACAUCAAUGGCGACGGAUUCAUCAGUAAAUCAGAGAUGUUGGUCAUUGUUAGCGCUAUUUAUGAUAUGCUGGGCGAUUAUGUCAUACCAUUCGUCGAUUCGGUGGCGCCUAAAGAACACGUCGACCGACUCUUCCACUUAAUAGACGUCGAUAAGGACGGUGUCAUCUCGUUUGAAGAAUUCACCGAGUGGUGCCAAAAGGACGAAGAAAGAGCUCAGGCACUGCUAAUGUUUGAUACAAUAUUUUAGUAUUAAAAUGAAACGAUAGAAUUAGUCGGAGGCUGAGAGUCAUUCACACUUACAGUAAGACUCGCACAAUAUAUUUGUUGAACAAAAACUACAAAUUAUAUUAACAAACAAUUUUAUUGAUUAGAUUUAUAUAGCAUUAUAUAAAUGUAAUGUCAAACUAAAUACUGAAAACACUUCGUAAUUACUUAACACUACAAUUACAGAGAAAAUAACUAAAAACUAUUUUGACGUUUCAUUAGUCAAACACUACAAUAUAAUUACAAAUUUGUAUAUUGUUUAGUUGAUAUCAUAUAUUAUGUAAUGAUUAUUUUGUUAAAUAAAAAUCAUAACUAAAGCCAAACAUCACUUUUCAACAAAAGCUUACGAAUGAACGGAUUUUAGUGUAAAAUACAUAUUUAUAUACAAAAACAAGUUAAAAGUUUGAAAUAAAACAAAUU